AUGGCGACCAGGUGCGCCGCCGCGGCCGAUCUGCCCGCCGGCCGCCCCCGCAAGCGGGCCCGCCACGGCUGGGACGUCGCGCCAGCGACCAAGGCUCAGAUAACAUUUUGUGGGCAAGAAGUUGGCGAUAUGACCACCAUGGUAUUGCCGUCACAUCCUCCGGACUAUACUUGCUUCUCUCUGCUCUCAAAGGGUGUUGCUCGAAAUGCUUCCCCUCCUCGGAGAGAAGACGAUAAAGAUGGCCAUUAUGUAUUUGCUGUUGGAGAGAAUUUGACCUCUCGCUAUAAAAUAUACAGAAAGAUGGGCGAAGGUACUUUUGGUCAGGUACUGGAAUGUUGGGACAGAGAAAGAAAAGAAAUGGUAGCUAUUAAAAUUGUUCGUGCUGUAAACAAAUACAGUGACGCAGCAAUGAUAGAGAUUGAUGUGCUGCAGAAGCUCGCAAGAAAUGACGCCACAGGAAAACACUGUGUGCAAAUACGGAACUGGUUUGACUAUCGUAACCAUAUUUGUAUUGUAUGCGAGAAGCUUGGCCCAAGCUUGUAUGACUUUCUGCGGAAAACUGCCUACCGCCCAUUUCCAAUCGACCUAGUUCGUGAGCUUGGAGAGCAACUUUUGGAAUCUGUCGCAUUUAUGCAUGGCCUGAAGUUAAUUCAUACUGAUCUAAAACCAGAGAACAUUCUCCUUGUUUCUUCAGAGGAUGCUAAAUUAGCUGAAAACAAGGAUGGAUCAUUCUCAAAGAAGGUGCCAAAAUCAAGUGCGAUCAAGUUAAUCGACUUUGGUAGCACAGCAUAUGAUCAUCAAGACUGUAGCUACAUUGUCUCUACUAGGCACUACCGUGCUCCUGAGGUUAUUUUGGGGCACGGGUGGAGCUAUCCAUGUGAUAUAUGGAGCAUUGGUUGUAUACUCGUUGAGCUUUGCUCGGGCGAGACAUUAUUCCAGACCCAUGAAAACUUGGAGCACUUGGCGAUGAUGGAGAGGGUUCUAGGUCCUCUCCCACGGCACAUGCUGGAAAGAGCCGACCACCAUGCGCAGAAGUACAUCAGAAGAGGAAGGUUGAACUGGCCAGAAGGUGCAACGACACGAGAGAGCAUGAGAGCUGUUCUCAAGCUGCCUCGCCUCCAGAACCUGGUGAUGCAGCAUGUGGAUCACUCUGCUGGGGACCUGAUCGGGCUGCUGCAGGGCCUCCUGGCAUACGAGCCUUCGGCCAGGCUGACCGCUCAGGAAGCCCUGAGCCACCGCUUCUUCAGGAGGCACCGUGAAAGGCGGUCGCUAUGA